CAGCGGCCGCCCCGCGCCGCCGUCGGCGUCCUCAACGGCGGCGGGCGCCGUGGCGGCGGCGGUGACGGCGGCGGGAGCGGAGCUGCUGGGCCAGGCAGCGGCGGCGGCGAGCGACGCGGCGGUACGGGUCCUGCCGUACACGUUGCGCAUGCCGGCAUCCGGCCACCCCUUUGUGGUGACAACUCGCACGUUGCCGCAGCUGAAGGCCGCCAUGGAACGAAGCAAACAGAUGUACCAGGCCUUCGCAUGGGGCUUCGGCGUGUUGGGUGCCGUGCUGGUGGCGCGGAAGGUCGCACUGCAGUUCUGGAGGGCGCGGGAGCAGCGGCGUCUGAAGCACCUAAUGGAGGAGGCGGAGAGCGCGAGGCGGCGGCGCAAGGCGCAACGCGCGGCGGCAGCAGCAGCAGAAGGCGGGGA